AUGGACCAGCGCUUUGUUAACAUCAGCGGUGAGGAUGCGCUUCCAGACAUGCUUAUUGGGAGACUCUCUGUCCAGACCCCUGAAGAGCUCGUGACGAUGGUUGAAAAGAUCAUCAACUAUGAGAAGAAUCUUAAAACGGGACUCUGGCAAGGGACAUUGAUUCAGGUGGCAGAUGACCACACAGACAACCCAUCCGAUGGAGUCUUUGAGGCAUCGCGUAAUGAAUUGAUACAGGAAGUUAUACCCGUCGGGUAUGACACUCGCCAAAUCUAUCUCCGAAAGAUUAAAAGUCCCGAACGCACACGCGCUCAAAUUCGUGCGGCUAUCAAUAGAGGCGCGCUUGCCAUUGAAUAUACAGGACAUGGGGGAAUACAGACUUGGGCAGACGAGGCUAUUUUUCAUAGUGAGGAUGUUGUCGGUUUGCGGAACCGAUACCUUCCGUUUGUUAUUACAACGACCUGUCUUAAUGGACAAUUUGACAAACCGCAACAAGUUGGGAACUUCUGUCUGAGCGAGCAAUUUCUUUUGGGAAAAUAUGGUGCGAUUGCGGCACUCUCGGCGACACGGUUAACCUACGGCACAGCAAAUGCCGAAUUCGACAAAGACCUGUUUGAAUCCCUUUUCGGAGUGGGUCGCGAACCUAAGCUUGUUAUUAACGGUGAGGAUGGACUUCCAUCAACGGUGGGACAUAUUGUUGCCGAUGCCAAAAUUAGUUUUAUCAGUCGCAUUCGGAAUACGCAGUGGAUCCCUGGCGCGGAACAAUAUACACUCUUCGGAGACCCCGCAUCUCACCUUGCUCGUCCCGAACUUGACAUAAAGGUCGAGUUAGAGCGUAUCGCGCUCAACAAGGCACACGAUAUUGUCAUCAAAGCGAACGAGGUAGGAACAACUGAAGGUCCGAAGAUUGGGGUGCCAGGGCGCGAGCCAGUGGGUGUGAACUUCACAAUCGCAUCCGAUUUUAGUACGGAGUCACUCUCCGCUUUCGCAACCUUCGCAAAUCAUUUUGACGAUAAUGUUAAUAAUGACCUCGUGCAGCGUACCGGUGGCAGAGUCUGGAAGGGGGAAUAUGGAACGAUUCGUAUUGAUGUUCCAAAUAGCGCACUACCGGGUGGUGGUGUUGCAAGGGUCUUCGCUUAUGAUGACACCCGCGCUGCUAUCGGUGGAACGCGGUUUUGGAUUGACACGCCUGUCGUACACGACAUCCGAGAAACCCUCGACAUUAAAGUCACAGAUACACUCAGUAUCAGUGUGCUUGUUGUUGAUGAUAAAGGACCCGCUGGUAUACGAAGUAUAAAGGUGUUAUGGGAUGAUACUGCUACCUUCAAAGACGAGAUAGUACAGAUGAUCCCUGCCCGAGUGCCUCUCGGUGAUGUGCCUCUGGGCGGACAAUGGUAUGAACUCGAAAGAAAUAUUCCACUGCCACAGGGUGGACGGCAGGUCCGCUAUCGACUCCUCAUUACUGAUAGCACGGGACAGGAAUUCGCUAUUCCGUCAAAGACAGAACGCAACAUCGUCAGAGUGCCUGAGGGUCCCAACAUUGCAAUCGGCACGGACGAAGCCGACAGGGCACCUAUUCGAUAUGCAUUUGAUGAGGAAAAGAAGGGCUAUCAACUCAUCGGAGAAAUCGUUAACAUAGGUGGACGUCCCGUUCGAUUCGAUAUUGAGGUGGUAUUUGCUGAGGGAAAUCCGGAUGUGGAGGGAGAUAGUGUAAUUGACGAAGAUGCCGAAAUUAUAGGGAGCGUGACUAUUAAACCUACCGAUUGGGUGGAUGGGACAUACGCGUUGCAACGCGUGACUGCGACGUUAGAUCUUGACAAACCCCUUGUAACAGGCGUACACAAAAUCUAUGUCCUCGCGGAUCCGGAUGAUCCGGGGAUUGAGGACGAAAUUACCGGAAACAUCCAAGAAUCACGCCAGUUUGAUAACAAACAACAUGUCUCUUUUAUCGUCAAUGAGUUUAACUAUAAACCGCAAGGGGAGUUGACAGCGUUCAGUUUGGAUAGGGUGUUUGACAUCCAUUUUCCUGCGAACGCGCUCGACGCUGAACCACAGAAUAAGGCAGGUAUACCACUCUCUGUUUCUUCACAGUUGCCUACCGACCCUGCCCAGCCGGAUCUCCAGUUCGCACCUAUUCCUCGCGUCGCUGCGCUUCGACGCGGGCUCAUUCGGCAGGGAACAGAGGUUGCGCAAUAUUAUGAACCUGCUUUUCGCACAGGUGUAACGACGCUCAAGAAACCUGCUGAGCUCAAACUCCGUUUUGAUGUGAGUGCUUUGGGGGAUACCGUGCGGGAAGAGACGUUGCUCCAGCCCAACAACCCUGCAUUUAAAACUGCAUUAACGGAAAUCGCUAAUCAGUUGGCAAUCUACGCAUGGCAAGCAGAUUUUUCAGCGUGGCGACGCUUGUCAUCGCAGAUUAAUUACACCUCUGAAGGCGACGACUUUCUGCUCGAAAACUACGUCACUCCGACGCAAAUGGAGAAUGCAAGCGAACAGGAAUUGGAAGCUGCCGCCAUCACCAUCAACCCAAAUCUUACCCCCGCUGGCACCUGGGUCCUACUAUUUUUAGAUGCUGAUGAAUACGAAGUGUUUCUCAAACGCAAGGGAGAAUCAAUCAUCCAGAAACUUGAUAAGUCUGGGCAAUUGGACAAUCCGUUCAGGGAGUCAGGGUUCGGCUUGGCAUUACGGAUUCCGAGGAAAGAAAGCACACCGAUUGGGGUCAACUACACCUUUGAAUUUGCUGAUAUUCUCGCUUUUGAAACCGACUAUGACCCCGAAGGCGAUGUUAUUCUCACCGCACGUGGAAUGCCAAUCUCGGCAAUGGUAACGCCACGGUAA